UUAUAAAAAAUAUUCGAGUGCUAGUGAUGUGUGGAGUUAUGGAGCUGUAAUGUAUGAGAUUUGGUCUUUAGGACAUAAACCAUUUGAAAACUCUACUAAUCAAGAAUGCAUUAGACUGGUUGAUUCAGGCUAUAGAUUACCACCUCCUCCAGGAUGUCCUAAACCAAUGUAUAAACUAAUGAUGCAAUGCUGGAAUCCUGAUACUCAUGAUCGUCCAAGUUUCUCAGAUAUAUCAUCAAGUCUAUCCUCACCUGAUAAACAAUUACUAAUGAUUAAUAAAGAGGAUCCUGUUACUGUACUGGGUGGAGCUUUAGAAACAAGCCACUCCCUCUACAAUGACUUACAGUACAUGUACAAAAACUGAUUGCAUUUUUAACUUGUGAUUUUAAUUGAUAUUACCAUGUGAUUUGGUGUUUAAUGUUAAUUA